CACUAUCACAGAAUCGACCAACUUGUUAUGAUCAAUUUGCUAUAGCAAAGAAGCUUCAUGCAGAGAAUUUAGAACACCAACCUCUUCCCGAUAAAGUCGAUGAUUCUGUCUUCAAGAACUUUUAGGUUGUAAAGAGCCCAAAACAAAAAUGGAUUUAGCCAUUUGUUGGGAAACUCCAAUAAAUCCGAUUUACGAAACACCUAAACCUACCCAUAUUGAUGGUUCAGAAGGUGGAGUCGCGCCAGCCAUAUUUACUCUUGUUCAGCAUAGUUCUACUUCCAAAGCUUCCGUUCAUUCUGAAACAGUAAAGAACGAGAAAAGUUCUACAUCCUACCAAGAUCAAUGCAAAUUACAAGAUUCAAAUUAUUGUUACAAAAAUAAAGAAGAAAAUAGUAAAAAUGUAAAAUGUUAUGAUUGUACUUGCAAGGAUUCGAAUAUAUUGAAGAAGAAUAAAAUUGAAGAACAACCAAAAAAAGAAACGUUUAGGAAAUGUAUUGCCUGUAAUAUGAAAAAUAUUGAUCCUAGAUUGAUUAGAUCUGCUGUUGGAUUAACAUUGGGUACUGAAAAUAAUCAAAAAGAUGAAAGUAAAUUAACAAUACCAAGACCAAAAACUUCUUUGGUUCCUCCCUUUAAUAUUGUUAAUAGAUAUAGAGAUGGUGAAUUUCCAGAACAUUGGAGACUUAUGUCAGUUUAUCAACAAUCAUAUAAGAAUCCAUACAGACGGAAAAUUUAUCACAGUUAGAUUUUAAAUUGUAAAAUAAUAGAUUGUUAGAAUUAUAACAAAUAUUUUAUUUUAAAUCUUAAUUUAAUUCAAAUUUUAAUUUUUCAACC